CUGGAAAUCUGAAAAUUUUGAGAACAGGAAAUUUUUUUGCUAUUUUCUUCUUCUUCUUCGUUCUCUUUCUCCAGUGAUCCGAUUCAGUUCAUGGCGAAAUUUUACUGUUUCAAUCUACUGUUUUUCUUCUCAUUAUCGAUCUCAUGUCUUCUUCGGCGAGCUUCAAGUUCCUAUGCAGGUUCCGCUAGCUCAAUCGUCAAUCCUGCGAAAGUCAAACAAAUUUCAUGGAAUCCUCGGGCUUUUGUGUAUGAAGGUUUUCUCACGGACUUAGAAUGCGAUCAUCUCAUCUCCCUCGCUAAAGCGGAGUUGAAGAGAUCUUCCGUUGCGGAUAAUUUGUCCGGAGAGAGCAAAGUCAGCGAGGUCCGAACUAGCUCUGGGGCGUUUAUUCAUAAAGCCAAGGAUCCUAUUGUUUCUGGUAUUGAAGACAAAAUUGCAGCAUGGACAUUUCUGCCAAAAGAAAAUGGAGAAGACAUUCAAGUGUUGAGAUAUGAAUAUGGGCAGAAGUAUGAUGCACACUUCGAUUACUUUGCUGACAAGGUUAAUAUUGCCCGAGGUGGACAUAGAAUGGCAACCGUUCUCAUGUAUCUUUCCGACGUGGAAAAAGGCGGUGAAACUGUGUUUCCUUCUGCAGAGGAGUCUCAAAGACGCCAGGCUUCUGAAACAAACGAUGAUCUCUCAGACUGUGCAAAGAAAGGGAUAGCAGUAAAACCACGAAAAGGCGACGCUCUUCUCUUCUUCAGUCUCCAUCCAAAUGCUAUUCCAGACAUAAGUAGUCUACAUGGUGGGUGCCCUGUGAUUGAAGGUGAGAAAUGGUCAGCAACGAAGUGGAUUCAUGUCGAUUCUUUCGACAAGAUCAUAAGAGACCAUACGGACUGCGCUGAUGAAAAUCCAAGUUGCGAGAGAUGGGCUGAACUCAGCGAGUGCACGAAUAACCCGGAGUAUAUGGUCGGAUCUCCCGAGCUUCCUGGCUACUGCAGGAAAAGUUGCAAGGCGUGUGCAUAAACUUGGGUCCAUUCUUUGUGCGUACUCCAUGCCUUUUUGUACCUGUUCUCAAUAUUUUGCAGAAUUUAUCCAGAAACACAAAUGAUAGUUUUUCGAGAGCAUUUUCAUUGCAACGUUUUGUGAAAGUUAGCAUGUGUAUUGAUUACUCAAUCAUGUAACAUUAUUUGAACAAUAAUGUAGUUUGGAAAGUUAUUUUGGUUUUUAUAGAUCAUCCGAUUGUUUUUGAGUUCA